CAACCAUGAGGCUCAUCCUUCUCUUACUAAGUUGCUUGACUAUUGCACACUCGUACAAGAUACUGUGUGUGUUUCCCAUACCUAGCAAAAGCCAUAAUAUGCUGGGUAAGGGAGUAGUACAUAGUCUAUUGAAGGCUGGACAUGAGAUAACAUGGGUAACUCCUUACGAAGACAAUAAGCCUCAGAAGAAUUUAAAGUUCGUUUAUGUUAGUGAUGUGAUAAAAAUUAUAGAGGAUUUGGACAUGACUGAUAUGAUCAAAUCGCAAUCUUUCGCAUUAAUACUACAGAUGGGGAGAAAUAUAAGUACCACAACAGCUGGAAAUCAGCAACUGAGGGAUAUUUUGGUGACGCAACAAUUUGAUGCCGUUGUCACCGAAUGGUUCAUGACAGACAUAUACGCCGGCUACGCAGCCGUCCAACAAGUUCCAUGGAUAACUCUAUUCGGCGCUCAUAUACACACCCACCUCGAGAAUCUCGUAGACGACGUUCGCUCAGUUUCGACCGUGCCGUCAGUUAUGUCUGGAUUCCCAAUGCCUAUGAAUUUCUGGCAACGUCUCGCCAAUACUGCGUCGUUUAUGUUAUUCACUGGAUUGACAUG